AACCAAUAGUAAUGCAUUUUGAAAGAUUUAUACUUAUAAAUUACUCAAAAAUAUUAUAGAAUUAUAAAAUUAUAGGAAAAAUAUUAUUAUAAGACCAAUGAAAUAAAUAAACACAUUUAUUAUGGGAUUUACAUAUUUUCUACUUGGCUUAUGUAAUUCUCAUUAUUAUGGGUUUCUUUUUUAGAACAUAUGGGAAUAGUUAACCGUUUUAUAUUUUGUCUUGUGUAUAUUUAUGAAUUUGAUCUGAUUCAUAAUCAUAUGCAAGAAUCAAUGUUGAGGGAGAUCCGAGAGAUGUGGAAAGAAAUAGGCAGGAUGAAAAAGGGAACUGAGCUUGGAUUCAAGAGAUCAGAAGAGAAUGUACAAUUGGUUGAUCAAGGAGGUUAUUUUCUUCUACUAAAGGAAACAUUUGUUGAGUUGGUGACAAAUAUUGAGAAAGAGCUCAUGGAAAUUUAUGAUAAAUUGAGCAAAAUAGAGGAACAACUAAUGAAAACAAAAAAUGGAGUAGGUGUGUUGUCGGACUCUGAAAAAUGGGAGACCACUAUAGAAAAAUGAGAAAAAAGCAAGUCAGAAACCAAAUCCUG